AUGGAAGGGAAAAACCAAACCUAUCCUGACAACACUGAUCCAGUUCCUCUGUGCUAUGAAUCUGUGAAUGGCUCCUGUCCAAAGUUCACCUAUCCAGUGGCUAUUCGUCUUCCUCUCUAUAUUUUCUUUGGGGCCACAGUGGUGAUAACAGUGAUGGGUAACCUGCUGGUCAUCAUCACUGUGGCUCAUUUCAAACAGCUCCACACUCCAACCAAUUAUCUCAUCCAGUCGCUGGCAAUGGCCGACUUGCUUGUGGGUGCUUUUUUGAUGCCACCUUGCAUGGUGCGGUCCGUGGAAACCUGCUGGUAUUUGGGUCAUUUUUAUUGCAAGAUUCACUCGAGCAUUGAUGUGAUGCUUUGCAACGCAUCCAUUUUGAAUCUGUCUUUCAUUGCUAUCGACAGAUACUAUGCUAUAGGCCACCCUCUUGGCUACCAAACCACCAUCACUCCCUCCGUGACCGCGAUCAUGAUCUUUAUCAGCUGGAGCGUCCCUGCCCUAGUUGGAUUCGGGAUGAUUUUCCUCGAGCUCAACAUUAUGGGCUUUGAGGAGUUUUACUACAACAAUUUCUACUGUGAAGGAGCUUGCAUUCUGUUUCAGGGUGGACUGUCUGGGGCUUUGUCUUCCAUUCUAUCAUUUUACAUUCCAGGAGUCAUAAUGCUCUGCAUAUAUGCAAAGAUUUACCUCAUUGCGCAGAAACAAGCACGGUCAAUUCAGGACAAACACAAUAUAAAUGGAAGCUCUGGGAAAAAUCCAUCAGCUGCUUCCAAAAUGGAGAGAAAGGCAACCAGGACACUUGCCAUUAUUAUGGGUGUGUUUUUGGCGCUCUGGCUGCCCUUUUUUGUUUGUAACAUAAUUGAUCCAUUUAUUGGUUAUUCAAUACCACCGUUGGUAUUUGACAUGGUUGUCUGGAUAGGUUAUCUCAAUUCAACCUGUAACCCUAUUGUGUAUGCCCUAUUUUACAGCUGGUUUAGAAAUGCGUUCAAAAUGAUCUUGUUUGGUAACGUUUUUCGGCAAAAUUCGUCAAGUCUGAAUUUGCUUUCCGAAUGA